AUGAAACUUAAAAAUCGAACAAUGACCCUCCGUGUGAUCACUGGUAAUCCAAACAAAGCGAAAGAAAUUCAGCAGAUAUUAAGUGACAUCAACUUGCAUAUAGAAAUUCUUCCGCUCAAUCUUUUAGAGAUCCAAGGGAGUCCUCUAAAGAUAAUAGAAUACAAAGCCAAAGAAGCGAUCAAGCAGUCGACGACUCCUGUGAUAGUUGAGGAUGUUUCAUUUAAUUUGAAGUGUCUUGGUGACAACCUUCCUGGCCCAUACAUCAAGUACUUUGUUCAGAGUAUAGGUGCUGAAGGGUUGUUUAAAAUAGCUGAUGGUUUCAAAGUCUAUGAAGCUCAAGCCGUUAUUUCUAUUGGAAUAAUUCGGUCGAUAGAUGACAAAGUCGUCUCGAUUCAAUCAAUCAUCGAAGGAAAAGUCGUCAAACCACGCGGACAAAAUGGGUUUGGCUUCGAUGGGUGUUUCGUGCCAAAUGGGUAUGACAAGACGUACGCCGAGAUGUCCGAUGAAGAGAAAAAUCUCUGCUCGCACCGUGGAACAGGGUUUCGAAAACUCGCGGAAUUUUUAAAGAAGAACCCUACCUACUUAUCAGAGAAAAUUAAUUGA